AUGGGAGCAUCAGUAAGAGAAUGCCGCUGCUACGUGUGGAGGGCGUCAUCUUCACACUCGAAGCGCACUGCCAGGUGGCCACGGCAGGAGAGGCGGGCGUUCGAGAAGCGCACUGCCAGGUGGAUGCGCUGCGGCGUCAUGGGCGCUUUGCCCAUCUUCAUGACGACAGCUGCAAGCGAAGAAGGUCCGCAGAUCCGCACGCAGACGCAGAGAAGGCAUCUCAGGUCGUUUGUAGUUUGCGCCUGUGUUUGCAUCUCUCUGUCUGCUUGUGUGUUUGUGGUUGCAGCAUCACCUUCAAGUGAAGACGGUGACGCGUGGAGGAGUGAAGAUGCUGAGGCUGAUCAGGGCGAGGACACUCACGAUGACUCAGAUGCGUCAGAGGUCGGUGACGAUGAGGAUGCCGAUGCCCUCACAGCCAACGACGAGACGGCCACGCCGCCCGAGAAGGCGGCGCCUCCCCACCAAGCCGAUAAGGCUCCCCCGCCCGCAGACGCUGCACCACCGACCAAGCCAGCAGAGGGGGACAAGGACACAACUCUCUCUGAGCUGGAGACCGACAAGCUUCGAUCAGCAGACGAGGCGCCAGCCGCCCCUCCUGCCGAUGAUGUGGCGGUGCCUCCCCCUCCCCCGUCUGAGCCAUCUGUGAUCACCGGCGGGGCCAUCCAGAGCUACUCGGAGCUGUACCUGCCGACGGUGAUGAUCCACGCGCCGUCCAGCCGUCCGUAUGUGCAGGGGUCUGGGGUGAUCGUGUACUCGGGGGAGGCGCCCAAGCCGGCGGCGACGGGCAAGAAGGGCAAGGGUUCUGGUGGUGGUGGUGGUGGUGACGCCGAGGCUGCACACGGGGAUGAGGAGGCCAGAUAUGCCACCUACAUACUCACGAACCAUCAUGUUAUCAAGGUAGGUGGGUGGGUGGGCAGGGAGAGGCAUGGAAUGGAAUGUGGCACGAAGCGGCGGAAAGAAUGUUCUUGUUCGGUUUGUCAGGACUGCAUCCACUACGAGCAUGAGUGGGACCCGAUCAAGAGAGGUGGGUCGCUGCACUGCACUUACUGACAGACAGGCAGACAGGCGGCGGGCUGUAGAUACCUCUGUGUGUUUUCAGCCGACAGGAAGGUUGAGAAGAAGGUGUCAGUGGAGGUCAUCAUCCCGCAGCACCUGUCGACCUACAAGAUCAUCGGCAAGAUGACCAUCACCGCCGACAUCGUCGCAUACUGGCCCGGAUCGGAAAAGAAACAGUACUCGAGGUGAUGAGUGAGCAUGGAAACGCAGACAGGGGUGCACCCCUGUAUGUGGCGCUUUACAUCCCUGCCGGUGUGUGUGCGUGUGUGUGCCUGAAGGGACCUAGCCUUGUUGCGGCUGCGUGACACGGACCACCAGUACAUAGCGGCCUAUCUGCUGCCCAAAGACGCACCCGACAAGCCAGCAGUAAGCACCGACCCAUCCAUCCACCCGUCUGUUGUUGAUGCUUUUUGUCCUUUUGCCCCUGUGUCACUCACUGACUCACUCAGCCGUUGGACCAGGUGCAGGCGGUCGGCUUCCCCGGCGGUGUGGGGCCGAUAUUGACAGAGGGAUACAUGUCACGGUACUGGACGGAUGAGUACAACUACGACUGGUGGACGUACUCCGCCAUGACAACACGGGGAAACAGGUGAGUGAGGUGGGCGGGCAGAGAGGCUGCCCCCAUAGCUGUCUGUCUGCAUAUCGGUGUGGGUGGUGCGUCUCAGUGGUGGCGGAGUGUUUCGUUGGUCGUCUACCCGAGGCCACUGGGAGUUGGUGGCCCUGUCGGCUCUCGUGUAUGCCGUGCCCGGCAACCCUUCACACAUAGGCCAUGCCAUUCCGAUCACCAGGUGGGAGAAUCGGGCCCAUUCCACCCAUAUAUAUGUGUGUCUGUGGCUGGCUUGCUGUACUGUAUCAUGGCAUCUUGGUCAAUCAGGGCGUAUGAUCUGAUGCGGAUCCACGGCCUGUCAUUCAUAUAUGAGAAACCAAGGUACGUCCACCCAGACAGACGUGACCACGGGGGUGGCUCGUGUAUGGUGCUUAUUUCCCCUUUUGCUCACAUGGAUGCAGUGGCCAGACGUGGGAGCAGGUCUCAGGGUCAGCAUGA